CACCCGAUAGGAUGCCUGACAGAUUUCAUACUGUCUCCGCAGAACGAAAUGCCUGAACGAAAUAUACCACCGGAAUUUAGGUACGGUGACUCUCUGGUACGCUUCAGCGGCAUAUCAGGUUCGUUUGUUAACGCUAUGGGGCUUUUGGCUCGACUGCGUACAAAAAUGUUACAAUUAGGUAAGAACUGGGUAAGAGAUCUAACAGAUCACGUAAGAAAAAAAUACGUGGACGAUUGUCGCGAGCAGAAGAGAGCGAGAAGAGUUUUUCACCAGACUGUGUUUUUUAGUACAAAGCAAAAAGGUUUAAGAACUUCAGUGUCUUUAGAGGGCGAAGUGCAACAUCAUAUCACAAUCUACCACUUCAAUUAAACAAUGGUCGAAAGCAAAGGUGAGGAUUCUGACAUAACUGUGAAGAGCGCCGAGAAAAAGGAAAGUGCAAAAGGAGCAUGCUUAUAUUUGUCCUCAGCAAAAAAUUCAGAUUCAACAACAAUCAUCAUCAAGAAGCUGGAGUCAUUAGGGUUUACUGUUAACAAGGAAUCAAGCAUUACAUCAGCUUCACAGUUAUGUGCAUCCAUGAGGAUGGCUCUCAUUGUAUUGGAAGACUGUGAAGAUAAAAAUUUCAUUAAGACUAUCAAAUCACCAAAGGCAUGCAAUGAGUAUGCACCCAUUGUGUUUAUUUCCUCAGGACCCUUGUCAGAUUCUGUCAGACACUUGAUGCAAGAGCAGUACAUUGAUGAGCUUGUGUUCAAAUGCUUGACAUUGGAAUGUGAUUUGGGAAGUGCAUUAAAUCGCCUGAUAACACAACCAGGACAAUUUUCCAGUAUCUAUCACAAAGCAUUUGGGGAAUUCAUGCUAGCUUUUUUUACUGCAUAUCACUUGUUUCCUCAAAAUUAUAGUUUUCCAUACUCAUAA